AUGGGAACAGCUAGGGCUGGAGUGCAGCUCGGCAGAAGCAGCUGGAGCUCGGGUGCACCUGGGCCUAAGAAGCUAGAGCUGGAGCAUGCCCAAGCCUCAGCACAGCUGAGUGUGAUAGAAAAAAAUGUUGAUCCUGAAACAAUGCUGUUACCAUACCUGAGGAAGAAGCUCCGACUCACAGGAACCAAGUAUGGCUGUGGAGGGGGAGGCUGUGGCGCCUGCACGGUGAUGAUCUCACGAUAUAACCCCAUAACCAAGAAGAUAAGACAUUAUCCAGCCAAUGCCUGUCUGACCCCCAUCUGUUCUCUGCACGGUGCUGCCGUCACCACAGUGGAAGGCAUAGGAAGCACCAAGGCCAGGAUUCAUCCUGUUCAGGAGAGGAUCGCCAAGUGUCACGGCACGCAGUGUGGGUUUUGCACCCCUGGGAUGGUGAUGUCCAUCUACACGCUGCUCAGGAACCAUCCAGAGCCCACUCUGGAUCAGUUAACUGAUGCCCUUGGUGGUAACCUGUGCCGUUGCACUGGAUACAGGCCCAUAAUUGACACGUGCAAGACUUUCUGUAAAACUUCCGGCUGCUGUCAGAGUAAAGAAAAUGGGGUCUGCUGUUUGGAUCAAGGAGUAAAUGGAGUACCAGGAUUCGAGGAAGGGAAAAAGUCUUUAGGGGGCCACAUCGUGAGUAGGCAUCUGGAUUCAGAUCUGAAUCCCCUCCUGGCCGUGGGCAACUGUACCCUCAACUUGCUGUCAAAAGAAGGAGAACGACAGAUUCCUUUAAAUGAGCAGUUUCUCAAGAAGUGCCCCAGAGCGGAUCUUAAGCCUGAAGAAAUCUUGGUCUCAGUGAACAUCCCCUACUCAAGGAAGUGGGAAUUUGUGUCAGCCUUCCGACAAGCCCAGCGGCAGCAGAAUGCGCUUGCGAUAGUCAAUUCGGGAAUGAGAGUCUUUUUUGGAGAAGGAGAUGGCAUCAUUAGGGAGUUAUCCAUCGCAUACGGAGGCGUGGGUCCAACCACCGUCUGUGCAAAGAAUUCCUGCCAGAAACUCAUCGGAAGGCCCUGGAAUGAAGAGAUGCUGGAUGCAGCUUGCAGGCUGGUUCUGGAUGAAGUCUCCCUUCCAGGCGGGGCUCCGGGCGGACAGGUGGAGUUCAAGAGGACUCUCAUCGUCAGCUUCCUCUUCAAGUUCUACCUGAAGGUGUCACAGACUCUGAAGACGAUGGACCCUGUUCACUAUCCUGGCCUUGCAGACAAGCUUCCAGAGAAAGCCUCCGAGAGUCUGGCCUCGGCCCUAGGACCAAAUGCAGUGCUGCGCCAGUCUCUUGAUCUGUCAGAAGCGCUCAGCCUGCCGGGCGUGGUGGACAUCGUGACUGAGGAGCAUCUUCGUGGUGUAAACUCCUUCUGUUUUGUAACCGAACCUGAGAAACUUUUGGGGACAGAGGAGGAAGCUAUCCAGCACAACUCCUUCUUCGAGGGAGAAUGGAAACUGGAAUGUGGAAAUGUUGAUGAAGCAUUUAAAGUGGUUGAUCAAAUCCUUGAAGGUGAAGUACAUGUGGGAGGUCAAGAACAUUUCUAUAUGGAAACCCAAAGCAUGCUGGUUGUUCCCAAAGGAGAGGAUCAAGAAAUAGAUGUCUAUGUGUCCACACAGUUUCCUAAAUACGUACAGCUCAUAGUGGCUUCGACCCUGAAGCUCCCAGCUAACAAGGUCAUGUGUCAUGUAAAGCGUCUUGGUGGGGCGUUCGGGGGAAAAUCGGUCAAAACCGGCAUCAUGGCUGCCAUCACUGCAUUUGCUGCAAACAAACAUGGUCGUGCAGUCCGCUGCAUUCUGGAACGAGGAGAAGACAUGUUAAUAACUGCGGGCCGCCACCCUUACCUUGGAAAGUACAAAGCUGGAUUCCUGAAGGAUGGCAGAAUCUUGGCCCUGGAUGUGGAGCAUUACAGCAAUGGAGGCACUUCCCUCGAUGAGUCGUUACUUGUGAUGGAACAGGGAGUUCUGAAAGUGGAAAAUGCUUACAAGUUUCCCAACCUGCGCUGCCGGGCCCGGGCGUGCAGAACCAACCUUCCAUCCAACACAGCUCUGCGCGGGUUUGGCUUCCCUCAGGCGGGGCUGAUCACCGAAUCCUGCAUCACGGAAGUCGCAGCCAGAUGUGGGUUGUCCCCUGAGAAGGUGCGAACGAUAAACAUGUACAAUGAAAUUGACCAAACACCCUACAAACAGGAGAUUAAUGCCAAGAACCUGAUCCAGUGUUGGAAGGAAUGUAUGGCCAAGUCUUCCUACUCCCUGAGGAAAGCGGCCGUAGAAAAGUUCAACUCAGAGAAUUACUGGAAGAAGAAAGGGCUGGCCAUCAUCCCCCUGAAGUUUCCUCAGAGGCCUUGGGACACGGUCCUUCCUGUCAGGGCUCCCAUUCUAGCAGAGUACAAUGAGGUGCCAUACAGUGGGGCCCAGGAGCAGCCGUCGCAGCUGGCAUCACCUGGCAUCUGA